CUCCUGCGGCUGCGCCAGAGUCUAACUGACAGUCCUCUAGGUCGGUGCGCGUGCGCAGUGCGGUUCUCGCUUCAGCGGGAAAUUUAAACAAUUGUGCCUGAACUGUGUUGUGUUAGAGGAAUUAUUUAGCUUCGGGCAUGCUGUAAAAUGGGAAAAGAUAAUUUAAGAUCGCUGCUUAUAGCAGCCAUCUUCUUAAGUAAUUGCGUAUCAUGGACCCUAUCUAGACAUCACUUUACACACAAUGCUCACAAUCAUCGCACGCGGCAUAGGCGGCAGGGCGCAGGCCUUUUUCUCUCGGCAUCGUAUGUUAUUCCCGGUGGAGAAGGCACUGGUGCGUGGGGGGAAUGGGGAGACAUCUCUCCUUGCUCCAGAUCGUGUGGCGGCGGUGUUGCCAGUCAAAAGAGAAUUUGCUUAGAAGUUGGGUCAGACGGCCGGCCAUUGUGCUCCGGCGGAGACACAAAGUACUUCUCAUGUCAGACACAAGAUUGUCCUGAAGGAGCGGGGGACUUCCGAUCUGAGCAAUGCGCAGGGUACAACACUCAAUUGUUCAAAGGGAACCGUUACAAUUGGGUUCCAUACACAAGAGCAUCGAACCCAUGUGAACUAAACUGUAUGCCACGAGGCGAACGGUUUUACUAUCGUCACAAAUUGAAGGUAGUCGACGGUACACGAUGUAACGACGAAACAUUUGACGUCUGUGUCGAUGGAACUUGUCAGUCGGUUGGCUGUGACAUGAUGUUGGGUUCAAAUGCAAAAGAAGACAAAUGUCGACAGUGUCGUGGUAAUGGUACAAACUGCUACACCUCCACUGGAGUCAUUGAUUCACAGGAUCUUAGGAAAGGCUACAAUGAUGUCCUAUUAAUACCACAAGGCGCAACAAACAUCGUUAUCUCGGAAGUCAGGUCUUCCAAUAACUAUUUAGCACUUCGAGCUCAGCAGGACAACGUCUACUAUUUGAAUGGAGACUACCACAUCGACUUUCCUCGAAGCUUGCCCAUCGCUGGCUCUCUGUGGUACUACGAAAGAAGUCAGCAGGGAUUUGCAGCACCGGAUAAACUCCGCUCUUUGGGGCCUACAACUGAACCUCUUUAUCUAUCGCUUCUCCUACAAGAGGACAAUGUGGGUAUAUCAUACGAGUACAGUAUACCUGCAGCCCAAGCGCCGCCUCCUAAUCAGCAAUAUAAUUGGGUUCACGAGGAGUUCAGCGCUUGUAGUGCUACAUGUGGUGGAGGUACUCAAACGCGCGAAGUGACGUGCCGAUCACGCGAGGAGUUGGAAGUUGUUGACGAUAGUUUAUGUGACAAAGGGCUUAGGCCUCCCACUACUGAGACCUGUAAUACUGACCCAUGCCCUCCUCAUUGGGUCGAAGGGCCAUGGAGUCCCUGCUCCAAGCCUUGCGGUGAAGGUGGCUCCAGAUCCCGACAAGUACAUUGCGAGAAAGUUAUUUCUCAAGGCAUUGCAUCGAUCGCGGCGGAUAAAGAAUGCUUCGAUCUUCUGGGCCCAAAACCUGAACUGUACCAAGAAUGUAAUCAGAAUGCCUCGUGUCCCACGUGGUUCACUGGACCCUGGAGACCUUGCGACAAAUUGUGUGGUGAAGGAAAACAGCUUCGUCAAGUAGUAUGUCAUCAAAGAAUCAAUGGCCGUGUUGUAUUGUACGGUGAUGAAGAGUGCGCUGAUGAGAAGCCUCCAACCGAACAGGCCUGCAUGCUACAUCCAUGCGAGGGGGUCGACUGGGUGCUUAGCGAUUGGACUGGGUGCGACACAUGUACUUCGAAAGUACGCGCGCGGACAGUGCAAUGCGCUACCAAGGACUUCAAAAUUGUCAACUCGAGUCUUUGCGACUACCACCCACUGCCGAUCUUGGAAGAACCCUGCGAUUCCAACAAGCUUCCUGCUUGUGACGUACUGUGGUAUGCGACACAGUGGAGUAAAUGCUCCGUGGAAUGUGGUAAUGGUAUACAAACACGGCGUGUGUUCUGUGGGCGAUUCGAUGGUGCCGGUGUGACCGUGGUGGACGAUGAGCGAUGUGACGCCAAGACUAAAUACAACGAUACUAAGGAGUGCGUGGUGCCAAAGGAAAAGUGCCCCGCCAAAUGGUUCGCCGGACCUUGGACAGAAUGUACCAAGAAAUGUGGUGGUGGGGAGCAAUACCGUCGUGUCAAAUGCAUGAGCGGUGAAGAGAUUUCAGCCUACUGCGAUCCAGAGACUGUUCUCGACUCUGCACAGGCUUGUAAUUCGCAGUCUUGCAAUGAAGAUGACUUAAUACCAGAAAAUGCCAACUCCACGCCCAUAGUGGACGACGAUUCCGACUACACAGACUGUGAAGAAGAUUAUCCAGAAGAAGGAGCCGAAGAGGAUGCUCUAGAAGAUAUCUCUUCCAAAGAUUUACACUUUACACUUGUGCCAGCCGGUGCAUUUUAUUUUGGUAAAGAUGCUUCUACGGAAGGUUCAGCCUCAGAAUCAGAUUGGAUCGACAACGACACUCCAUUUACGACGGAAUCAUCCGAUGGCACCAGUGACACGGAUCUGACCGAGAGCGGUUCAGGAUUUGAUGAAUUAUUUAUAUCAUCGUCAACAACGGAUUCCACUGACAGCGGCACUACAGGUACCACAGAGUACACAGAAACCCCAGAAAGUACCACUGGCAUUGCAAAUGAAACAAUAUCUACUGAAAGUAGCGACACUCCCAGCGUAACUGAAGGAAGCACGGAAUCUCUGUCAACAGAAGACACACAGAGUACAACAGAGUCAUCCUCUGAGACUACAGAGUUUGAAAGCACAUUCGAUGCAACUGAAACACCUGAAAGUACGACCGGCCUUGUUACUGAAACAACUUCAUUGAUAACUGAAACAGGUUCUACAGAAGUUACUUCCACGCCUAGUGAAACCGAAGGAAGCACAGACGCAUCUACUACAAUUGCAGAAACCUCAAUAACAUCAGAAUCCACAUCUGUAGACACAGAUAGCACGAUAGUGGAUUCCACAAAUACUGAAACCACAGAAUCGAUUAUCACAGAAAGUACUGACCCAACAGUUUCUGAAUCAGUUGGAACUACAGAGAGUACAGAAACAGAGACUACGGACGCUGCCACCGAAAGCACGGUUUCAGAACCCUCAUCUUCAACUGAGGCAACAGAAGCUUCAGAUAGUACAAUAGCAUCUGGCUCUACAGAAACUGGGGUAACAGAGUCAUCAACUGAAACAACAGAACAUACUAUAACAGAUACGACACUUGAAUCUGAAAGUACUCUAUCUACUGAAACAACAGAAAUUUCCUCAACAGCAGGAAGUAGUACAGACUUAACAACUGAAUCUGAUAGGACCGAAUCUGAUACAACCGAAUCUUAUACAACCGAAUCUGUUACGACCGAAUCUGAUAGGACCGAAUCUGAUACAACCGAAUCUUAUACAACCGAAUCUGUUACGACCGAAUCUGAUACGACCGACUCUGAUACUACAGAAGUAUCCAGUACAAAUGCUGAGAUAACGUCUGAAACGGGAACAACUGACGUCGACACCUAUAGUACCACAGCAGAUGAAACAGAAGAAACUGAUAGUACAGAGUCAUCUUCCAUAGUAUCCGACUCGACUGAUACAACUUUAGAAACUGAAACAACUGAAACGGGCACUACUGAAAGUGGAAGUACGGAGUCAGGAUUGUUCACUUCUGAAACCACAAGUGAAGGUGUUUCAACAAGUGUUACGGAGGAAAUAACGCUUACUUCCGGAGACACAACACUUUGGGAUUGGUCUACAACUGUCGAGUUAUACACGAAGAAGCCUAAAUGUAGACCAAGGAAGACUGCAAAAUGUGUUAAGAGCAAAUUUGGAUGCUGUCCUGAUAAGAGAACUCCUGCGGCCGGGCCAUUUGACGAAGGUUGCCCCAACCCAAAAACUUGCAAGGAAACGAAAUUUGGAUGCUGUCCUGAUGGCGUGUCACCAGCUGGUAGCAUGACGGGCAAGGGCUGCCCAGUGAUUUCGUGUGAAUUAACUUUGUAUGGAUGUUGUUCAACCGAUAAUGUUACCGCAGCUCUAGGGAAUGACCAAGAAGGGUGUCCUCCACCUCCACCAGCCUGUAAACUAUCUAAAUUUGGUUGCUGCGAUGAUAAUGAAACCGAAGCGAGUGGUCUAAAUAAGGAAGGUUGCACAGAAACAGCUACGGAAACCUCGACACUGCAGACUACGCUUGAAUCAUGCAACGACACUGAAUUCGGAUGUUGUUAUGACAAUGAAACUGAUGCCUCAGGACCAAAUGGAGAGGGCUGUCCAUGCAGCAUCAGUGAAUUCGGAUGCUGCUCUGAUGGUAUUUCGACUGCUCAAGGACCAGACUUAGAAGGAUGUUUCAUGUCCUGUGACACAUCAGCUUACGGCUGCUGUCCUGAUGGUGAGACUCCAGCGCACGGACCUCAAAAUGAAGGUUGUUGUUUGCAAUCCGCAUUCGGCUGCUGUCCCGACAAUUAUAAGCCCGCUGAAGGACCGCACCUUGAAGGCUGUGGCUGUAAGUUUGCCCAAUUCGGAUGCUGUCCAGAUAAUGUAACAAUUGCUCGUGGUGGAAACAACGAAGGAUGUGGAUGUCAGUACACUCAGCACGGUUGCUGUCCCGACAGACAUACUGCAGCUAGUGGGCCAGACUUUGAAGGUUGUGGUUGCCACACGUAUCAGUUCGGUUGUUGUCCCGAUGGUAUUACCGCUUCCACUGGACCAAACUUGCAAGGUUGUUUGUGCCAACAAUCUAAAUAUGGUUGCUGUGGAGAUGACGUCACAGAGGCUAAGGGACCAAAUAAGGAGGGAUGUGAUUGCUCUAGUAGCAAAUACGGUUGCUGCCCUGAUGGUGUAACGGAAGCUGCUGGCGAGAAAUUCAAAAAUUGUACAGAUGCACCUGAAAAUAGACAAGCGGCAUGCGCUUUAGCGAAUGACCGAGGUGUAGGCCACAACUAUACAGUUUAUUGGUUUUAUGAUAUGACAUAUGGUGGUUGUUCGAGAUUCUGGUACGGAGGAGAGGAUGGCAAUGGAAACCGAUUUGCAAGUAAAGAGGAAUGUAUGGCCAUUUGCGUUAACCCGACUCCUAAAGACGCUUGCAACCUCCCCAAAGUAAAGGGUGCGUGUACUGGUUAUCACGUAAAAUGGUACUACGACUCCGUCAGAGAACAAUGUGCUCAGUUUGUAUAUGGAGGAUGUCUUGGAAACGAUAAUAACUUUGAAUCUCGGGAGCUCUGUCAAAAGAACUGUGAACCAGAAAAAACUGAAGAUCAAUGCAAUCUGCCCAUUGAGCGAGGUACCUGUGCUGGUAAUUUCUUACGCUGGGGCUACAACUCUGCCACACGCCGCUGCUCUCAAUUCAUUUGGGGAGGCUGCGAGGGCAACAACAACCGAUUCGGCUCUGAAGCCGCGUGUAUGCAGCGGUGCAACCCUCCUGGCUCGUUACAAGCGGAAUGCAUUCUUCCACAAGAGGCAGGCAACUGCACUGAAAAGCGGCCAGUCUGGUCUUUCAGUCAGACUAGCAACAAAUGCGUGCCCUUCCAUUACACAGGCUGUGGAGGCAACGUUAAUCGAUUUAACAGUGAAAAAGAGUGCGCCAGCGCAUGUCCAAAACAGAAGGAAGACAUAUGCACUCUUCCUCUUCUAUAUGAAAAUUGUUAUCACUGUUACCCGCGUUGGUUUUAUGACAUGACGACUAGAAGGUGUAACAUGUUUCUCGGAAAUGGUAAAAAUGCAAACAAUUUUGACAACAAAGAAACGUGCAUGAAUCAAUGUGAAGAAGAAUUCGAGGUAGAAAUUGUGCCUCCCGAGAUAGAAAAGCCCAGCGUCUGUCAUCUGAACCUAAAUAGUGGACCCUGCUCUGAUACCAUAAAUCGAUGGGGUUAUGAUACUCAGAGAGAUGCCUGUGUGCAGUUCCAAUACGGAGGUUGUGGGGGCAACAAGAAUAACUUCCCAUCAAAGGAGAUGUGCCAUCGCCAAUGCAUGUUGCAAGAUAUAUGCAAACUACCUACAGUCAAAACUUCUUGUAAUAGUAGUGGCACCGAGUGGUUUUAUGAUGCAGCUACUGACUCCUGCACCCUUUUUGGUGAAAAUAUUUGUGGAAACAGUGAAAAUAGUUUCGAAACACUGCUGGAUUGCGAACGUCGGUGCAAAAGAGGAACAUUUGUUGCACUUGAGUACAUAGUCGAAUUUCCGCGUUUUAUAGCGAGUAUUUGCGAGAUAUCCUCCAAUCUAGAGGAGUGUAAGAAACCUGGCAAGGUUUGGUACUUCAAUGUGACUAACGGGACUUGUGUUUCCUUUGACAAUGCAGACUCUGGACGCUCAUGUAGGAUCACAGCUACGUUUACUUCUGAAGAAAGUUGUCAGAGAGAAUGUGGAUUAUACCAAGAUAUAAAUGUUUGCAGCUAUCCAAAGGACUCGGGGCCCUGUCAUGAGGCUGUACCAAAAGUUUACUAUAAUUCAAAAGCGGAACGAUGCGAAAACUUUACUUAUGGCGGAUGCCGCGGCAGUCCAAAUCGCUUCUCUAGUAUUGAGGAGUGUAACUAUAUAUGUAGACCACAUGCAAAUCCUUGUCAGCUAAUUCCUGAUGUAGGGGAUUGCACGGAACAAAUAGCUAAAUGGUACUACUACGAAAUUGAAGAUAAAUGUUUCAAAUUUAUUUACAGUGGAUGCAAUGGAAAUAGUAACAGGUUCGGAAGUCGUGAAGAAUGUGAACAUCGUUGCAAGACUGGUCCACCCUCUGUCAGUACUACGACUAUCGCACCGGCGGUCGUAUCACUAGAGUGUCGAGUCUCUCCGACAUUAGAGGAAUGUGAAGGGGCAGGGGAAGUAUGGUUUUUCGAUAACACCCUACGAGCUUGUGUCUCCCACCAAAACGCUGACUUGGGUCGUUCCUGCAGGGUAACUGCGGUAUAUUCUACUCAAGAGGAAUGUGAGAAUAUCUGUGGAGCAUUCCAGGGUGUUGAUGUAUGCCGCUCAGUGUUGGAUCCAGGACCAUGUCACGAUGUAGUCCCUAAAGUUUUCUACAACGCAACAAAUGACCAAUGUGAGCCUUUCACCUACAGCGGUUGCCUCGGCGGUCCCAAUCGCUUCGCUGACUACGAUGAGUGCGAGUCAGUUUGCAGACCAUUAUCAAAUCCAUGCAAGCAGGAACUAGAUCCAGGUAAAUGCUUAGGCGAAUUCAGCAAAUGGUACUACAGUGAACAGCAAGACAUAUGUAGAGAGUUUAUUUACGGAGGCUGUAAUGGAAACGAUAAUAGGUUUGAAUCUCAAGCGGAAUGUGAGAACCGUUGCCGUGUGAUCAAAGAUGCAACCACUAAAGGACCUUCACCUCUUACUACUCCUUCAUCAACUGAUGAGUGUCGUACUCCCAUUUCUAUUCAGCCGUGUGGUCCAAAUGUGACCACGUAUUAUUACGACUCCAGAACAGAAGCCUGUGUCGUUGGUGAUUUUGGCGCUUGCGGAUAUGCUAACAGUUACCGCUCCGAAGAGGAAUGUGAAAGGCGAUGCGGUGCUUUCAAAGAACUCGGAGACGUCUGCAAUUACCGCUUCGAUACUGGCCCAUGUAUUCACGAAAUAGAGAAGUUCUAUUGGGAUGCGGCAUCGGAACGUUGUGUUCCAUUCAAAUAUGGCGGUUGUGAUGGCAGCCCUAACCGCUUUUCUACAUACGAGGAGUGCCAGGAGAUUUGCGGCCAAACCAAACCUGACGAGUGCCUGCAGCCGGUGUCGACGGGCGAAGCUUGCAAGGCGGGGGCUACUCGCCGUUGGUUCUAUAGCCAGACUACCGGAGACUGCCUCAUCUUUAUCUACCUGGGCUGUGGGGGAACAACCAACAACUUCCGCUCCUUCGAGGAAUGUAGCGAGCGCUGUAACCGGCCGACAUCUGGCCCUAACUGUGACAAGUAUGAUGCGGAGUGCGAAGCAUUGAAUUGCCCGUACGGUGUUCAAAGGAAUGUCGAAGGAAACGGUUGUACACGGUGUCAAUGCCUGGAUCACCCUUGCGCUAACAAGGUCUGCCCGUCGGGACAACGCUGUGCCGUCACUGGAUCUAACAGGGAGCCGAUAACACAAAACAUCCACUACACGGUCGACUGUAGACUCGAUGUAUGCCGCACAGUGUUGGAUCCAGGACCAUGUCACGAUGUAGUCCCUAAAGUUUUCUACAACGCAACAAAUGACCAAUGUGAGCCUUUCACCUACAGCGGUUGCCUCGGCGGUCCCAAUCGCUUCGCUGACUACGAUGAGUGCGAGUCAGUUUGCAGACCAUUAUUAAAUCCAUGCAAGCAGGAACUAGAUCCAGGUAAAUGCUUAGGCGAAUUCAGCAAAUGGUACUACAGUGAACAGCAAGACAUAUGUAGAGAGUUUAUUUACGGAGGCUGUAAUGGAAACGAUAAUAGGUUUGAUUCUCAAGUAGAAUGUGAGAACCGUUGCCGUGUGGUCAAAGAUACAGCCACCAAAGGACCUCUUACUACUCCUUCAUCAACUGGUGAGUGUCGUACUCCGGUUUCUAUUCAGCCGUGUGGUCCUAACGUGAACACGUAUUACUACGACUCUAGAACAGAGGCCUGUGUUGUUGGUGAUUUUGGUGCUUGCGGAUAUGCUAACAGUUACCGCUCCGAAGAGGAAUGUGAAAGGCGAUGCGGUGCUUUCAAAGGACUUGGAGGAAGCACGGAAUCUCUGUCAACAAAAGACAAACAGAGUACAACAGCAACAGAGAAUACGCAAGCUGCCACUAGAAGCACGGUUUCAGAACCCUCAUUUUCAACUGAGGCAACAGAAGCUUUAGACAGUACAAUAGCAUCUGGCUCCACAGAAUCUGUGAUAACAGAGUCAUUAAUUGAAACAACAGAACAUACUAUAACAGACACGACACUUGAAUCUGAAAAUACUCUAUCUACUGAAACGACAGAAAUUUCGUCUACAACAGGAAGUAGCACAGACUUAACAACUGAAUCUGAUACGACCGAUUCUGAUGCGACCGACUCUGUUACUACAGAGGUAUCCAGUACAAAAACUUGCAAGGAAACGAAAUUUGGAUGCUGUCCUGAUGGAGUGUCACGAGCUGGUAGCAUAAAGGGCAAGGGCUGCCCAGUGAUUUUGUGUGAUUUAACUUCGUAUGGAUGUUGUUCAUCUGAUAAUGUUACCGCAGCUGUAGGGAAUGACCAAGAAGGGUGUCCUCCACCUCCACCAACCUGUAAACUAUCUAAAUUUGGUUGCUGCGAUGAUAAUGAAACCGAAGCGAGUGGUCUAAAUAAGGAAGGUUGCACGGAAACAGCUACGGAAACCUCGACACUGACUACGCUUGAAUCAUGCAACGACACUGAAUUCGGAUGUUGUUAUGACAAUGAAACUGAUGCCUCAGGACCAAAUGGAGAGGGCAGCAUCAGUGAAUUCGGAUGCUGCUCUGAUGGUAUUUCAACUGCUCAAGGACCAGACUUAGAAGGAUGUUUCAUGUCCUGUGACACAUCAGCUUACGGCUGCUGUCCUGAUGGUGAGACUCCAGCGCACGGACCUCAGAAUGAAGGUUGUUGUUUGCAAUCCGCAUUCGGCUGCUGUCCUGACAAUUAUAAGCCCGCUGAAGGACCGCACAUUGAAGGCUGUGGCUGUAAGUUUGCCCAAUUUGGAUGCUGUCCAGAUAAUGUAACAAUUGCUCGUGGAGGAAACAACGAAGGAUGUGGAUGUCAGUACACUCAGCACGGUUGCUGUCCCGACAGACAUACUGCAGCCAGAGGGCCAGACUUUGAAGGUUGUGGUUGCCACACGUAUCAGUUCGGUUGUUGUCCUGAUGGUAUUACCGCUUCCACUGGACCAAAGUGGCAUGGUUGUUUAUGCCAACAAUCUAAAUAUGGUUGCUGUGGAGAUGACGUCACAGAGGCCAUUGGACCAAAUAAGGAGGGAUGUGAUUGCUCUAGUAGCAAAUACGGAUGCUGCCCUGAUGGUGUAUUGGAAGCUGCUGGCGAGAAAUUCCAAAAUUGUGCAGAUGCACCUGAAAAUAGACAAGCGGCAUGUGCUUUAGCGAAUGACCGAGGUGUAGGCCACAACUAUACAGUUUAUUGGUUUUAUAAUAUGACAUAUGGUGGUUGUUCGAGAUUCUUGUACGGAGGAGAGGACGGCAAUGGAAACCGAUUUGCAAGUAAAGAGGAAUGUAUGGCCAUUUGCGUUAACCCGACUCCUAAAGACGCUUGCAACCUCCCCAAUGUAAAGGGUGCGUGUACUGGUUACCACGUAAAAUGGUACUACGACUCGGUCAGAGAACAAUGUGCUCAGUUUAUAUAUGGAGGAUGUCUUGGAAACGAUAAUAACUUUGAAUCUCGGGAGCUCUGUCAAAAGAGCUGUGAACCUGAAAAAACUGAAGAUCAAUGCAAUCUGCCGAUUGAGCGAGGUACCUGUGCUGGUAAUUUCUUGCGCUGGGGCUACGACUCUGCCACACACCGCUGCUCUCAAUUCAUUUGGGGAGGCUGCGAGGGCAACAAUAACCGAUUCGGCUCUGAAGCCGCGUGUAUGCAGCGGUGCAACCCUCCUGGCUCGUUACAAGCGGAAUGCAUUCUUCCACAAGAGGCAGGCAACUGCACUGAAAAGCGGCCGGUCUGGUCUUUCAGCCAGACUGAGAAUCGAUGUGUGCCCUUCUAUUACACGGGCUGUGGAGGCAACGAUAAUCAGUUCGGCAGUGAACGAGAUUGUGUUGAUGCUUGUCCUAGCACCUUCGUCCAAGAAGUUUGCACAUUUCCGGCAUUAACUGGUGAAUGUGCAGAUUACACACUGAGAUGGUUCUACGACACAUCAAAGAGAAGAUGUCGCCAAUUCUAUUACGGAGGAUGUGGUGGAAAUGGAAACAACUUUAUAAGCGAACGCCAAUGUGAAGAUCGUUGCUCGGAACAAGUCGUCGUUACAACGAUAGCACCCAUCGCUACACCACAAACAUCUGAAUUCUGUUUCCUGGGAUUGGAUCCUGGCCCAUGCACACAAUUUGAAGAACGUUGGGGAUAUGACCCGUCACUCGGGUCUUGUGUACAGUUCCAGUACGGAGGUUGUGGUGGUAAUAGAGAUAACUUCCCAUCUAAAGAGCUCUGCCAACAUUACUGCUCCCCAGUACAAGAUACUUGCCAGUUGCCGAUGAUAACUGGACCGUGUGAGGACUCCCAUAUGCAAUGGUUCUACGAUGCUACAACUGACUCUUGCACACAGUUUUCCUACAGUGGAUGUGAAGGAAAUGAUAAUCGGUUUGGAAGUCGUGAAGAAUGUGAACAUCGUUGCAAGACUGGUCCACCCUCUGUCAGUACUACGACGAUCGCACCGGCGGUCGUAUCAAUAGAGUGUCGAGUCUCUCCGACAUUAGAGGAAUGUGAAGGGGCAGGGGAAGUAUGGUUUUUCGAUGACACCCUACGUGCUUGUGUCUUCCACCAAAACGUUGACUUGGGUCGUUCCUGCAGGGUAACUGCGGUAUAUUCUACUCAAGAGGAAUGUGAGAGAAUCUGUGGAGCAUUCCAGGGUGUUGAUGUAUGCCGCACAGUGUUGGAUCCAGGACCAUGUCACGAUGUAGUCCCUAAAGUUUUCUACAACGCAACAAAUGACCAAUGUGAGCCUUUCACCUACAGCGGUUGCCUCGGCGGUCCCAAUCGCUUCGCUGACUACGAUGAGUGCGAGUCAGUUUGCAGACCAUUAUUAAAUCCAUGCAAGCAGGAACUAGAUCCAGGUAAAUGCUUAGGCGAAUUCAGCAAAUGGUACUACAGUGAACAGCAAGACAUAUGUAGAGAGUUUAUUUACGGAGGCUGUAAUGGAAACGAUAAUAGGUUUGAUUCUCAAGUAGAAUGUGAGAACCGUUGCCGUGUGGUCAAAGAUACAGCCACCAAAGGACCUCUUACUACUCCUUCAUCAACUGGUGAGUGUCGUACUCCGGUUUCUAUUCAGCCGUGUGGUCCUAACGUGAACACGUAUUACUACGACUCUAGAACAGAGGCCUGUGUUGUUGGUGAUUUUGGUGCUUGCGGAUAUGCUAACAGUUACCGCUCCGAAGAGGAAUGUGAAAGGCGAUGCGGUGCUUUCAAAGGACUUGGAGGAAGCACUGAAUCUCGGUCAACAAAAGUCAAACAGAGUACAACAGCAACAGAGACUACGCAAGCUGCCACUGAAGGCACGGUUUUAGAACCCUCAUCUUCAACUGAGGCAACAAAAGCUUCAGAUAGUACAAUAGCAUCUGGUUCCACAGAAACUGUGAUAACAGAUUCAUUCACUGAAACAACAGAACACACUAUAACAGACACGACACUUGAAUCAAAAAAUACUCUAUCUACUGAAACGACAGAAAUUUCCUAUACAACAGGAAGUAGCAUAGACGUAACAACUGAAUCUGAUGCGACCGACUCUGUUACUACAGAGGUAUACAGUACAAAAACUUGCAAGGAAACGAAAUUUGGAUGCUGUCCUGAUGGCGUGUCACCAGCUGGUAGCAUGAUGGGCAAGGGCUGCCCAAUGAUUUCGUGUGAAUUAACUUUGUAUGGAUGUUGUUCAUCCGAUAAUGUCACCGCAGCUUUAGGGAAUGACCAAGAAGGGUGUCCUCCACCUCCACCAGCCUGUAAACUAUCUAAAUUUGGUUGCUGCGAUGAUAAUGAAACCGAAGCGAGUGGUCUAAAUAAGGAAGGUUGCACGGAAACAGCUAGAGAAACCUCGACAAUGACUACGCUUGAAUCAUGCAACGACACUGAAUUCGGAUGUUGUUAUGACAGUGAAAAUGAUGCCUCAGGACCAAAUGGAGAGGGCUGUCCAUGCAGCAUCAGUGAAUUCGGAUGCUGCUCUGAUGGUAUUUCGACUGCUCAAGGACCAGACUUAGAAGGAUGUGUCAUGUCCUGUGACACAUCAGCUUACGGCUGCUGUCCUGACGGUGAGACUCCAGCGCACGGACCUCAGAAUGAAGGUUGUUGUUUGCAAUCCGCAUUCGGCUGCUGUCCCGACAAUUAUAAGCCCGCUGAAGGACCGCACCUUGAAGGCUGUGGCUGUAAGUUUGCCCAAUUCGGAUGUUGUCCAGAUAAUGUAACAAUUGCUCGUGGAGGAAACAACGAAGGAUGUGGAUGUCAGUACACUCAGCACGGUUGCUGUCCCGACAGACAUACUGCAGCCAGAGGGCCAGACUUUGAAGGUUGUGGUUGCCACACGUAUCAGUUCGGUUGUUGUCCUGAUGGUAUUACCGCUUCCACUGGACCAAACUGGCAUGGUUGUUUAUGCCAACAAUCUAAAUAUGGUUGCUGUGGAGAUGACGUCACAGAGGCCAUGGGACCAAAUAAGGAGGGAUGUGAUUGCUCUAGUAGCAAAUACGGAUGCUGCCCUGAUGGUGUAUUGGAAGCUGCUGGCGAGAAAUUCAAAAAUUGUACAGAUGCACCUGAAAAUAGACAAGAUCCUUGUCAGCUAAUUCCUGAUGUAGGGGAUUGCACGGAACAAAUAGCUAAAUGGUACUACUACGAAAUUGAAGAUAAAUGUUUCAAAUUUAUUUACAGUGGAUGCAAUGGAAAUAGUAACAGGUUCGGAAGUCGUGAAGAAUGUGAACAUCGUUGCAAGACUGGUCCACCCUCUGUCAGUACUACGACUAUCGCACCGGCGGUCGUAUCACUAGAGUGUCGAGUCUCUCCGACAUUAGAGGAAUGUGAAGGGGCAGGGGAAGUAUGGUUUUUCGAUAACACCCUACGAGCUUGUGUCUCCCACCAAAACGCUGACUUGGGUCGUUCCUGCAGGGUAACUGCGGUAUAUUCUACUCAAGAGGAAUGUGAGAAUAUCUGUGGAGCAUUCCAGGGUGUUGAUGUAUGCCGCUCAGUGUUGGAUCCAGGACCAUGUCACGAUGUAGUCCCUAAAGUUUUCUACAACGCAACAAAUGACCAAUGUGAGCCUUUCACCUACAGCGGUUGCCUCGGCGGUCCCAAUCGCUUCGCUGACUACGAUGAGUGCGAGUCAGUCUGCAGACCAUUAUCAAAUCCAUGCAAGCAGGAACUAGAUCCAGGUAAAUGCUUAGGCGAAUUCAGCAAAUGGUACUACAGUGAACAGGAAGACAUAUGUAGAGAGUUUAUUUACGGAGGCUGUAAUGGAAACGAUAAUAGGUUUGAUUCUCAAGUAGAAUGUGAGAACCGUUGCCGUGUGGUCAAAGAUACAGCCACCAAGGGACCUCUUACUACUCCUUCAUCAACUGGUGAGUGUCGUACUCCCAUUUCUAUUCAGCCGUGUGGUCCAAACGUGACCACGUAUUAUUACGACUACAGAACAGAGGCCUGUGUUGUUGGUGAUUUUGGCGCUUGCGGAUAUGCUAACAGUUACCGCUCCGAAGAGGAAUGUGAAAGGCGAUGCGGUGCUUUCAAAGGACUUGGAGACGUCUGCAAUUACCGCUUCGAUACUGGCCCAUGUAUUCACGAAAUAGAGAAGUUCCAUUGGGAUGCGGCAUCGGAACGUUGUGUUCCAUUCAAAUAUGGCGGUUGUGAUGGCAGCCCUAACCGAUUUUCUACAUACCAGGAGUGCCAAGAGGUUUGCGGCCAAACCAAACCUGGUGUAAGAACUUUGUAGGACGGAUGAAGUCAAUGUUAGUGAUGUCCUACCUUUGUCUUACUGUUAAUAAAAAU